AUGGCCCAGCCCGCACUCCGUAAAUCCAAAUCCAACCUCCGCCAGAGACUAGGUCUCACCUCUACCCGUGCCACUCACCUCUCCCCUAUCGCGUCAGCCGGCUCUACCAACCUCGCGUCUUCUACAUCCACCACCGCCUCUUCUGCCUCGCGCACAGACUCGCGCUCCGCCUUUACCUACGAUACCAGCUCUCCCAGCCCGCCUCUGAAACGUCCCGAGUUUGACACCAUUUCGUACAACAGUGCGAUGAGUGCUAGUAUUGGCGGGUUUACGGAGGAGGCGAGCGCGUCGAAUUUGACGUUGGUAUCGGAGGAGUCUGUUGUUGAGCAGACGUAUCAGACUCCUGCGCAAAACCUCCAAGCGCCUUCCCAGUACCCACCGCCAGGCGGGAACGAUACCCUCAACCCCAAUAUCGCCAGCGUCACCUCGGGUGCCGACGACAUUUUUUCUCUCACCGACCAACAACUGUCUGACCGUUUUACUUUUAUCAGUGAAAUCGGGUUUGGUAACUGGGGUAGUGUCUGGCUGUGUAAGCCCAAGCAUGCGAGAAGUAGCCAGCUCGAGCAAGGGGCGGUGGUGAGGCUUGGCAAGCAAGCUGCUGCUACUGGAGGAAGUGGAGCUGGAGGGAAGGUUGCUAUCAAGCUCGUUCACAGGAGUAAGACUGCGACUACCGCCGCUCGAGUCCGUGCUUUGUGGGGCGAGAUGAAGAUCAUUCGCUCGCUUCGACACGAGCCCCAUCCGAGCGUUAUCCAGUUUGAGGCUUUCGUCAUCACUCCCUCCUAUGCUCUCGUGAUCAUGCCUCACCUUUCGCAUCUUAUUCCCGUCUGUCUCCCGCCUUACCGCGCCACUCCCUACUUUCGCCAGCUUGCCUCUGCCGUCGGCUACCUCCACGAACGAGGAAUCACGCACAACGACAUCAAGCCCGCCAACGUCCUGCUCAGUCACAACGACGUUCCCGUCCUCGUCGACUUUGGCUUUGCGCAAAAGUGGGAUAUCGCCACGCGAGGCACUUUCCUCAGUAGUAUCAGCUGGGGUACGCCCGAGUAUCUCGACCCCCAGAGGGCGAAGGGUAUGCCCCAUGACGAACGUGCUUCGGAUGUUUGGUCACUUGGUAUCACCAUGUUUGAGAUCUUGAUCGGCAGAACGCCCUUUGAAGCCGACGACCAAGAGCAGUUCUCGACGCCUGAAGAGCUUGUCGUCUACUAUGAGCGUACCAAGGUCGGCCGAUGGGUCGGUGAAUGGAACAUGCCUCCCGAUAUAGAGGUCCUCCUUCAUAAGAUGAUCAACCCCGACCCGGCCUACCGUAUCACCGCUAUGGACGCGUACCACGACGAGUCUCUCCAGCCUUCUGCCCCCAGCGUCAUCAUUACUCCUCACUUUGUCCGCCAAGCUGCCAACUUUGAGGAAGAGCCUCUUCCUGCUCCUUCCGCCGAAGCUGUGGCCAAGGUCAAGAGGGACGAAGAGAAGAAGGAGAAGCGCAAGUCGAAGAAGAAGGUCAAGCCUACUCAGGCUUCCAAGGAGGCGCACUCUCGCUCUGUUACGCCUGCGCUCGGCGAGUCCAUCAAGCAGCACACCAGUAUCAGCAAGCCCAGGCGCGAAGUCAGUGACGGCAAGGAGAAUGAGCGAGUGCUUGUCGAGGUCGAGAAGAAGCAGAGCAAGCUUGUCAUCAAGAAAUUGCGUGAUGAAGAAUAUAAGGAUGACAAGAAUGUCGAGGAGGACCCCACUCCCACAAAGAUGUCCAAGCCUGCUCAGGCUCUCAAGGUCAAGGAACAUACCGUCUUUACCGACAAGAAGGUUGUACCCCGCACUUCCAACUCUCAGCUCACCAACCUCUCUCGUCCCAACUCGGCAGCCUCUGGCGCCAAGGAGCUUUCUCGAGCUACGUCUUCUCAGACUUUGAAAGACAAGCGCGCGUCUGGCCAGUCUUUCCUCUCUGGUAACAAGGAAGAUGCUGUGCUUCGUACUAUGCGCUCUUUGGAAGGUACUCGCAAGCUCUUUACCUCGCAGCAGAAGGAGAAGGCGCAGGAAGCUCUUGCUUCUAUCAAGCGACCUGCUCCUAGUCCUCCUCGGCCCAAGAGUCUGGACUCUGCUGUGGAGAAGGAGAAGAAGAUUGAUGAGCGAAGGAGUCUUGGUAUCGACCGCGCUUUGCUUCUGGGCGUCAAGGAGGAGGACAAAGAAAAGAAGGUUGCACAGAAGGAACCUCCCAUGUCGCCUCCUCGGGCACAGAUCUCCAACGCAUCUCGCAUGCCGACGCCUUCCCCUCAAAAGUCGAGAAGACAAAACAUCCGUCCUCAUGCCGAGCUCGACGCUACCACUGGCAAAAUCUUCCCCGCUUCUGACGACGAGUCGCCACUCUCAGAGCUGCGAGACAAGAUCAUUGUCUCUGAUCAAGAAAAGCUCGUCAGGUUCAGGCAAGCGUCUGGCGGUUUGGCCGACGCGGUGGAGACUCUCAGGUCGACUUCGCCUACUCCCAGGCCAUCUGCCGAGCCUUCUUCCUCUCGUGAACCUACGCCCACCCAGCGCCACAGUGCCGAGGUCAAGCCUACGCUGAGCCACCGCUCGUCCCGGGAGACAGUCAGGUCUAUGCCCAUCUUGUCUCGUACCAAGUCCAUCGAGGCUCUUACCAUGGACAGCCGACUUGACAAGAUGUCGUCUUGGAUCAAGAAUGUCGAGGCCAUCAUCGAAGAUGCUCGCAAAGCUGUUGCCGAGGGUCGCGAACCCGGCCUUCCUGUGCUCAGUCUUCCGACCGAGAUUACUGGCGAGCAAGAACACCGUUUCGGCGUCACUCCCGACAAGCCCAACGCCAUCCCCGCCCAUUUGCGUACGAGCUCUGUCCAGGUUGAGCCUUCAACUCCUCCUCAGUGGAUGACUUACACCGAGGCCGAAGAAAAGGUGAAGGCUGCGAAUGCUUGGAUGGAGGAGCAGGGCAGGAAGAAGAAGGAGAGACCUUCUGUCAACCACGUUCUCAAGCUGUUUGGUGGUGAGAAGGAAAAGGCUCCCGGGUCGAGGUCUGGUACGCCCGAACCUGGUCACUUUGUGGCCCUCAAGCCUCCAGCGCACGCCCUCCGAGGUGUUCCUUCGACCCCUGCUCUCCGCGGCGCUGCUACCAUCCGCCAGCCUUCCAAGGUGCCUCACCGCAAGUCCGAGUCCAACCUGCGCAACUUUAACACCAUGCCCGUCAUUCCCUCUCCUGCCAGCUUCCGUGCUGGGCCUCAGUACGACGCUGAUGCGGACGACGAUGACCUUGGUACAGAGUAUGUCUCUGACAGGCGGAUGAAGUAUGAGACUAUGCUCUCGAGCGACUCUAACGUCUCGAGGCAAGGCGAUGGGUGGACAGGUACUCUUCCCAGAAGAGAAGUCAAGCCUUCGUCUUCUAUGGCAUCGCUCCGUGAUCGUGCUAGGGCGUUGCUCGGCGACUCUUCGCGCCACCACGCGACCUACUCGGACGCCACAUACCCCACUCAAAAAGUCGAGAAGCGCUCAUCACGCUUGACGCUCCGUGGCGAGAAGAGGGAUAGCGAGAUCCCUGCCCGACCCAACACUCCGGCCGCGGCUAGUGUUAUGGGGGUGAAGACUGGUGCUUCUUCUGGUGCUCCUGCCGGUGAUAAAAAGAAGGGCUGGGUAAAGAGUUUGAAGGGGGCGAUGGGGAUGAAAAAGUAG